AUGAAUUCACCGGGUAAUCAACAGUUAUCGGUCGACGUCAGUGAACUGAUAAAAGCUAUGCUCGAACAAAACCGAUUACGUGAAGAACAAAUGCGGAACUUAGUGGACAAGUUGAUGGAACAGAAUCAGAACUGCCUAACAACUACGUCGUUCGUACCGAAUUACUUACAACUCAUACAGAAUUUUGAUGGAGAAACUGGUGACACUGGUGUAGCAGAUGAAUGGUUAAGUGCAUUAUGUACGGCUGCUAAACUCAAUAACUGGCCGGAUACAUACACUAUGGAGGCAGCAAGAUCAAAUUUGAGUGGCCCUGCAAAACAGUGGUAUCUAAGCCACAUGGAGGAACUCAAAAAUUUUGAUGAUUUUAGAAAAUUGUUUAAGGUCACAUUUACGAGUGAAGAAAGUAUAACAAACAUAUGGAAAAGAAUGUAUGACCGUGUGCAAGGAGAAAAGGAAAGCGUAUUUAAUUACUACCAUGAGAAAGUACGUCUUUGUCGUAAAUUGAAAUUAAACGAAGACGAAACCAAGAAAAUAGUGUGUGUGGGACUACGUUCGCGUGAUCUGGUUACAGCAUUGUUAAGUAGCUCACGAAAUACCGAGCCAGAACUUUUGGCCGACAUACGAAUGUUUAUGGAGGUUCAAGCAGAACAUUCAGGAAGAGUUGAUCAUACACGUCCCAAAGAAAUCGUUGUUAAGCCAAGUACUACAUCAACGACGAAUAACAAGUGGCACAAGACUAAAUCGAAUGAGCAAGGAAAUCUUAACAUUCCUACAGUGCCUACUAAAACCAACAAUUUCAAACCUAAAGAAUAUUCCCCCAAGUGUUAUAAUUGUCAAUUAUUUGGACAUAUCGCUCGUGAUUGUACACGUACUAAACGACCUUUUAAGUGUUCAAAGUGUUCAAUAGAAGGACAUACUGCCAAGAAUUGUACAGCAACAAAGUCAGAAGUAACCUUGGUCAACAGUAAUCUGCAUCAGACACCUACAAAUUGUUAUAUUAAGCAUGUAUUUAUAAAUAAUAGCAAUGAACCUGUAUCAGGCUUAGUGGAUACGGGGAGCGCAUUUUCCAUAAUCAGGAAAUCAGUAGCUGAAAAGUUCAAGUUGGUGGUGACACCAAAAGAGGUUAAAAUGUGGGUAUAUGGAAAUACUCAACCCGUGACCAGUUAUGGAGAAUCUCAAGCUACGUUAUGCAUUGACACUGUAAAAGAAUUAGUUGAAUGUGUUAUUGUGGAUGAUGAACUACAAAAGUAUGAUGUUAUUGUCGGACGUACGUUUGUGGAUAAGGAGAACGUGACAUUCAUUAAAACAAAUGAUCAGUUACACUUUGCAUAUGGAAUGAAGUUUCGUUUUGAAGACUCUGAGAUAAGGAAGAAAAUCUGUAUACUGCAAUAG